UUUAUGUUCUAUAUCUCCUGCUUUGCCCCGGCUUUACCCCAACACAAUACCAGUAAAUCUCCACGGAGACGUAAUGCUCAUGAUGUGAGUGAGUGAGCAGUUUUAUCUUCUACUGGAGUGACAUUGCUCACGGAUGGAGAGAGGGUAGCCGUUAGCUUCCAGCUAACUAGCACCCCGGCUCCCAUCACAUCAGCUGGGAACAGAAGAGGCCUUUCUCAGCCUUUCUCAGCAUUUUGUCAGCCAACCCUCUGAAUGAUUCAUCCAUUUCUAAUAUUUAUGUAGAAGUGUCGUGAUAAAUAAGAUGUAUUAGCGAGCUAGCUCACAUAGCAAGUCACGGUAGCUAAGCAGUAGGCUGACCGUGGCUUCACCUCUGCCAGUGUUUACUGCUGACACACACAAACACACACUGUAAACGACUGUACUGAGGCUUCAAUCGGGUUUGUUUUAUUUCUGACUGCUUCUAGUCAGAAUAAACUUUGGUAACAUUGUGUAUUAAAAGUAAUUAAGGACGAGUUAAGCUAACAGGCAAUAGUUAUAUUCAGUCUCCAUGAUGUAAGUUCUCACUCUGAAUUGAAGAUGUAAUUAACCUGUAUAUCAACAUUCAAUAUCAUGUUUAUCAUGUUAAGUGUAACAGCUGAGUGACGAACAAUUCCUCUACCUUAUACCUUAUACCAAAGUAUAAAAACAUUUUAAAAAGCAUCUGAAAUGUAUGGGUGCAUAAAAAGGUAAUUAUAGAUGUGAGUUUUCAUUUGGAUAAAGUAAAAGAGUAAAAACAAAAGGUGCUGCACUUACAGGACAAACACACACAAAAAAGCUGCUCUCUGACUGUGUUGUUUUGGUGGACAAAGACCUGAGUCAGCAACCUCAAGAGAACCUCACAUUGCACACUGUGCUCAUGUUUUCUGUAUUUGAAUCGCAGAGUUAUGAGCUUUUCUUAUGUAAUAGACAGAAUUACUAUAAUAGUAAAUUGUGAAUAAAAUUCCAAACAUGUUGCUACAACCUGAGUAUGACAUCAGAGUGGUGUUAAAUGUAUAUGAUGAAUUUGUUGUGGCUAAUUCAGGCUCUAACCAAAUAACACAUACUUCUUUUUAAACUGUACCUGUCUGACUUCCUAAAAAAGAAUAAUGCUUUAUUUAAGUUUGAUAAAAGGUGCCGUAAAGCUUUCACAUAAAGGAACAGAUAAAAUAUUUUUGUUAAAUUCAUAAAAAUGAAUUUUGUUAAUUUUAUAAAUCUGUGCAAAACCCCAAGUAGAUGGAGCCUGGUUCCAGACCUCUGAAUUGCUGCCAACAUCUCAGAUUCUGUUCAGGGAUUCAAAAACUGUACAUUCAAAUAAAGCAGGGAAAGAAAAUAAAUAGUAAUUCAAUCUAAUUAUCAGGCUAAAGCAGAUAUAACCUUUGGGAUGUACACAUUUAGGGCAAUGGUGGUGAGAGUUGGAUGUAUUUAGAUUUUAGUAAAAUUAAACAAUUUGAUAUUUUGUUGGUGUAAGUAUUUGAUUUGUUGAGUUUCGUUCAUUCAGCUGUUUUCCUCAUGGUGACCACAGACUCCAGGUCAGAUUUUAGACAUUUUUUUCAAAAGUUGUCUAUUGAAGAUAAAGAGAUUUGUACUUAGGUUUUGAUAUGAGUGGACUUUUACUAAUUAUUCUAAUGUGCUUCUGCAUAGUUGACGGUAAUGGCUUGACAGCAUGUGUGAGUCAACGGGUGUUCAGUGGGAAGCUCAAUGACUAAUUCAUCUUGAUGACUUGCUCAGUAAGAUCAGAGCUGUAUCUGUAGGAAGAUGAUGUCAUGGUAAAAUGCGUAUACAGCCUCAUGAGUACAUACAGGGUCAUACUGUGUGUUCAUUUAAAAUGUAAACUAGUGAGUGUUAGUGAUGGAGACACAUUAACCAUGGAUAUGUCAGAAAAGCUGCUAGCCUUGUCCCCAAGUCCCCAAACAAAACAUAAACAUCACCGGGACAUCUACGCUAAUAUCCUCUUUUGUAUCAUCAACAAAUGAUCAUGGAUAAAUCGUAAAUAUUCAAUAUAUCGCCCGGCUCUACUAGAAAUUGGAUUACAGUGAUGUAAUGGCCUUUUAAAAAAUUCAUAUGCGGGGAAAAGUAAAAGAGCCUGAGCCGUGGAGGAGAAGAAAAUCAAUGAGAGGGAGAGAGCACAUAUGAGAAAGAAAGACAUAUAGAGAGAGAGAGAGACAGAGGAGUGGAGGGAAUAAGAAGAGACAGGCGGUCAGGCAGAUGGAUGGCAACCCCACCCCUGGCCUGCUUCCUCUCUGCCUGCCCAGUCCAGUGAUAAGCAGCUGAGGAGGAAGUCCAGUAUUAUUUCAUCAGGACAUGUGAGAGAGGAUGAUACUGCUGCUGCUGCUGCUGAGGAGGAAUCUGUGAAGCUCUGGUCUCAGUUUGAUGAGGGGACUGUAGGUGGGCAGUGAAGCCACAAACAGUCUUCACUGACUUCACAGCCACAGACGAGCCAAAACGCAAGAAUUUGUCUCCAGCCCUUGAACAGUCCUGUUUAGCUCUGGCAUUAAGCUUCAGUAGCUUUCCCCUCAAGAGGUAGAGACAUCCCAUAGAAAAGGAAGGCUGUAAGCCCUGGAUGAAGGCCCUGUCUUGAGGCAGAGAGCAGGACUUGGCUUCAGACAGCAGUUCGUGAAGCCUGCAGGCUGCUUGGAUCUUCUUCACCCCUUCCUUGCUUGCCCACAUGCCUGAAAGACUCGCAUUUGUCCAGCUGACUGCUAGUUUUGUUUGUUGGACAUGUGGAUGCUGCUAACAGGGUUUUUGUGCCCAUUUUGGAAAGCUAUCUAGUUGUGAGAUUUUCAGCUCAGGGGAAGGCCCAGCCAUGGAGGGCCUUGAGCAACUUGACAUGGUGGGAGAUAUCAGCCCGGCUCUGGAGGCUACCGAGGACUUCAUCCACUGCAUGGAUGGAAUACAAGGCCAAGGUCCGAGCCAAGCUCAGACAGGGAGCCUCCAGCCUCCCAGGCAGCCGAAGCAGUUGCAAGAGGUCUCCAGUGCCGCAUUGGGGAAACUGAGCUCCAGCGGUGUGUGGAGCCUCCUGGCUGGAGAGCAGCCGGAGGUGGGGCCCUUAGGCCUGGCAUGGGCCGACAACUUCAGCGUGUUGGGGCUGGGCAUGGGCUUGAGGCACGGCAAGAGGAGCCGAGCACGCUCCACCAACGACCUGGCAGCCCAUACCAAGGAGUGUACCAAUAACACCGCUAACUCCUCAUCCAACUCUGCCUUCAAGAAGGGACACAGCCGGUCAAGAUCAGACGUCAACUACCGGCCGUCUGCCUACACCGACAACGGACUGCCCACCAUCGACUGCAACACCUUGAAGAACAUGAUCCUCAACCACCAGCAAGAGGCUGAUAAAAGCAGCAGUAGCAGUGUGGUGAAGCAGGGAGAGAUGGAGCAGCGUGAGGGGCCCCGAGGCCGUUGGACAUCCUGUCAUGUCGAGCUGACACCCUGCGAGCUCCGUCUGUACACUCUGGACAGCAGCGCCAACCGCCAGCUAGGCACAGCCUACUCUCUGUCACACUGCCAGAGCGUCAUCUCACCAGCACCUUGCAGCCAGCCUGGCCAGAUCACCCAGCCUGCUGACCAACGCACGCUCCAAGCCUUGUUCUUCAACAGCACACGCCUCCAGCUGAGGGCGGCCAACCAAUGGGAAGCCAUGGAGUGGAGACGGCUGAUGUGGGAAAAGGUGCAGGCAGUCAGACCUGUAAGACAGGAGAACCGCCAGCGGAAGACCGAAGUGGAAAAUCAACAGGUUGCCAAGUUCCCUGCACCCAUGUCGCCCUCCUCAUCACCAUCACCGUCGGGGCUCGACACCAGGCCCGAUGGCGACAGCGACACCCCCAUCUCUGCAGAGACGUCACUCUCUCUCCAGCCUAAUUAUGGUGUCCUGAGCAGACCCACCACCCUUCCUCUGUUCACCAAAUGCUGCCAGGACGUCCUCAAAGCUGGUCUGCUCCACCAGCUGAUGGACCAGAACAACUGGAGGGCCUUCACCUUCGUCCUGACCAGAUCCUCUCUCCAGGCCUUCCCUACCGAGGGCCGCGGGUCCGUGUCGCAACCUGUCCUCCAGUACCCCCUGGUUUCCUGCUUGGCCGUGCAGAAAGAUCAAGAGCCAGAGAACGGAGCGCCAUGGACCGAUAGAGGGGACUGUUUCCAGGCUGUUUUCUCCAAAAAUGUACUCCGACUUAGAGCGGAUGAUCAGCUCAAGGCUCAGGAAUGGGUGGAGGCCCUGCAAGAGGCAGUGGGAGCACAACGGCCUGCACAAGAAGAAGCUGGAGACUUAGGAGAAGGAGCUCCGGGUCUCCAGGGGGUGCUGCUGAGAUCAAAACCAUCUCGGGAGAGGAGGCAGCGGGAGGCCCAGAGAGCCAAGCGUCAGUCAGUCACCACCAGUUUCCUGAGUAUUCUCACCUGUCUGGCUGUGGAGAAAGGGCUCACUGCUCAGAGCUUCAGGUGUGCAGGUUGUCAGCGUCCAGUUGGUCUGUCCAAAGGAAAGGCCAAGGUCUGCUACUACAGUGGCUGGUACUACUGCCAGAGCUGCCAUCAGGACAACUCCUUCCUCAUCCCAGCACGCCUGCUGCACAACUGGGACACCAGCAAGCACAAGGUGUCUAAACAGGCCAAGGAGUUCCUAGAGUUUGUGUAUGAGGAACCGCUGCUGGACGUCCAGCAGCUCAACCCUUGUCUGUAUGAGCACUGUGAGCCUCUCAGCACGGUGCUGCGUCUCCGUCAGCAGCUCCAGUCACUGCGGGCCUACCUGUUCAGCUGCCGAGCAACCGUUGCCGAGGACCUCAGACGAAGAAUUUUCCCCAGGGAAUACCUGCUACAGCACAUUCACCUGUACUCCAUGGCGGACCUGCAGCAGGUGAUUGACGGAAAACUGGCUCCAUUCUUGUCCAAGGUGAUCAAGUUUGCCAGCUCCCACGUUUUCAGCUGCAGUUUGUGUCGAGAGAAAGGCUUCAUCUGCGAGCUGUGCCACAACGGGCAGGUCAUCUACCCCUUCCAGGAGAGCGCCACCAAGAGGUGUGACGGCUGCGGCGCUGUGUUCCACACUGAGUGUCGACAGAAAGCCCAGCCGUGUCCCCGCUGCGUCCGCAGAGAACUCCACCACAAGAGGCCAUCUUCAUUCUGGUCGCCUGAUGACGACAGCCCCGGGUGCUUUCACCUGCCCUACCAAGACACCUGAGACAAACACAAACACACACACACACACACACACACACACACACACAACAGCAGUAACAAUUAGGGUGCUGCCAGGCCGUGACGCUGGACAAAGUGCCUGUUUUUCUGACUUGUGUGUGUGUGUGUCCACAACCGACUCUGUUACAGUUUCAACCGGAGGACGAGCUCACAGCAUCUGAUGCACCAUCAGGUGUAUAUUUAUUUGUGUUUACCUGCAAACACACA